GUCGCCAUACUCGCCAUACGAAACGUUCAUGCUCGUUUUCACACUGCAUGUGACCGCCGGGGCAUGAACACGCGCGUCUCGUAAUCGGCCCGAAUCGUUUUUUUUUAUUUUAUUUUAAUUGCCCGCGACUAAGCGCGAUCGACAGCAGUUUCAUUAUUUUCGUACAGCCUGUUGUGCUAGGCGACCGCGCGAAAUAGUGCCGCGCCGCCAUAACGAAAACGGCAAAGAAUAUCGUCUGGCGUCGACGAACCAGUGCUCGUCGGCCUCGUCGCCGAAUACCGAUCUAACCGGAGCUCCAAGCCCCACGAUCCGUGCUAUUUUUAAUGUUUUGUACCAAUUGUGGAAGUGAGGAUGGACACUCGAAACGAGAUGAAUCUGCAGUUUUUAGAUUUACAUGAUUUAACUGACAAUGAUAAGCGUCAGAUAUUUACCAUUCUUAAAUCUGACGCCUUGAAAUUACCAUGGGACGCUAAAGAUAUAGAAGGUAACAACAAUAAUGUUAAUUCUGUCGCGACAGAAGUACCCGAACUUCAGCAACAGCAUUGGUACAAUGCCAUGCCAGCGCCCACUUAUCCGCAACAGAUGAUGACGCAAAUGUGUAAUGACUGGCAGGCACCAAUGUAUAAUGUUUCCGCAAACGGCCACAUGCCGUUUAUGUCUGGGAUGGCGUAUGCCCAUCCUGGAUACAAUCUCGGCGAGAUUCAAGACAUGAAUUACGGUAGAGAAAAUGGACGUCGCAACAGUCGAGGCAGAGGUAUAAGGAGAGAUAAUUAUAAUCGAACACUUAAUCCCGCCAACGAAGUGCAGUCGGGAUACAUGGGGGAUCAGGCGCAAUAUCACCCGCAGAUACCGAUCAUGUACAUUUAUCCUGAUCAUUCCGUCUCCACGCAACAAGUAGCUACCGGACAGAUCUAUUACACCCAGCCAAUGUACACAUCGAUCCCUCAUCCGCAUCCAAGUGCGCAAUCAGUCUCAUCCAAUACGCAUGCACAGCCGACUUAUCCCCAACCGAAUCAUCAAGCGCCGCAGAUGAACAGAUGCGUGCGACAAUCACAAUCUGUGCCAUCCCAACAAUCGAAUCAAGAACCUACAAAGCAACAACCGAUCGUUAAAUCACACGACAAAAAUAUACAAAGCACUUCUGAUAAAUCAGCACAUCAAGUAAACGAGACUAACUCCUUGCAAAGUAAUGUUGUUAGCACCGUUAUUGUAAAUACUCCUACAUCAGAACCCUCUGUGAAAAACGAAAACACUGCCAAUAAUAAAAAUGCAACUAGCAGUGAAAAGGUCGAUGCAAAGCUUCAACAGAAUAUUGUAUGGACUGUAAAUGAGAAUUGUAAUGGCACGGAAAAAGUUGAUGUGCCAUAUGUAAAUACUACCAAUGACGUCAAGGUGAACCAAAAUAAUGAGACGGACAAGAAGUUGAAAGAUGAAACUGUAUCCAGUAUCACAACGAAUGUUGUAAAAACUCCACCUAAAUCUAUCUCUGUCAAGACAGACAAAAAUGAAGCACAAGUUGAGGAAAAUAUUGCGUUAAAAGACGCCCAAGAUAAGACUAUUACUAAAACGCCAAACGGUCCCUCAGCCAUGCCAAAUGACUCUUUAACCACACCAAAUACUCCACCGUCAUCUAUAUCUGAAACGCCGUCUGUGACUGCAGUCGCCAGAUCCUAUGCUAGUCUUUUUAGGAAAGAUACCACGCCAGAGACACAUACGCCGUGCAAACCCAUAGCACAUAUAGAGGAACAAAAUGAAUCACCAAAAACGCCGGUCCAGAAGGAAUCAACUAGUCCUGUUCGCACGCCAGAGAAUCAAAACGAUUCAUCUGACGCACCACCUACAGAACCAACUCUGCAGAAUGGCAUAUUACAGAAUUGUUACGAUGAUCCUAAUACGUACAGGAUAGGUGAAUUUUUGUCAAGUUAUCAAAUGGAUAAGCAAACAGUAAGCUUAUUACCGAGGGGAUUGACAAAUCGCAGCAAUUAUUGUUAUAUCAAUAGUAUCCUACAAGCUUUAUUAGCUUGUCCACCAUUCUAUAAUCUUCUCACGGCUUUGCCACUUCCUAAAAACCGAGGCAGAAAUUCUGCUACGCCCUUGAUUGAUAACAUGGUCCAGUUUGUUCGUGAAUUUUCACCCUUGACGGAAGCUGCCCGUAUGCCCAGGAAAGAUAGAGUUAACAAACGAGGAGACGAUACUGUCAUGGACAUAUAUAGCGGCAUUGCAUUUGAGCCAGCAUAUGUAUAUACAAUGUUAAAGCAUACCUCGGCUGCUGGUGGCUUUUCUGUGGAAGGACGGCAGGAAGAUGCAGAGGAAUUCUUGUCAUGUCUUUUAAAUGGAAUUAAUGACGAAAUGUUGGAAUUGAUGAAAUUGGUCAGCAACGAUCAAAGUGCAGUCGGUAACACGAAAAAUAUCAGCAAUGACCAUGAUGAAGAAGAGUGGCAGGUAAUGGGACCAAAAAAUAAAGGCGCUGUCACACGGUGUACAGAAUUCGGAAAAACACCGAUAUCCGAUAUCUUCCGCGGACAGUUACGAUCUAGGGUGUCAAGAGCAGGAGAACAGCCAACGGAUAAUGUACAGCCGUUUUUCACACUGCAACUUGAUGUUCAAAAAGCUGAAUCUGUAAAACACGCUCUUGAGAUUCUCGUCGGUAAGGAUCAAGUAGAAGGAAUGACCUGCAGUAAGACGAGACAACAGAUAGAGGCUUGGAAACAAGUCACUUUAGAGGAACUGCCUGUCAUCCUCAUAUUACACCUAAAAUGGUUCGUGUACAAGUUUGAUAAAUAUUCCAAUGGCUGCUCCAAAAUAUUGAAGACCAUGGAAUUCCCCAUCGACUUGAAAAUUGAUGGCAAAUUUUUAUCACCGAACACCGCAAAGAAAUUAGGUCCCAAACAAAAACAGUACAAAUUAUUCGCGGUGACGUAUCACGACGGGAAGGAAGCCACCAAGGGACAUUACUUCACCGACGCCUUCCACGUGGGAUAUGGAUCCUGGGUCAGGUAUGACGACAGCACGGUGAAGAGUGUGCCAGAGAGUAACGUAUUGAGGCCCACGUCACCUAGGGUACCUUACUUACUCUAUUAUCGAAGGUGUGACACGAUUGGUAAUAACCAAUCAAAUAGUGCGAAAGCACAUUGAAAAAAAGUUGUAUAAAAAUUUAUAUAGAAAAAAGCUAUGUUCCAUUGAAAUGGAACGGAAAAAAAAAUUCUUUUUACAAUUUCAAAGUUCUUGUUGAUAUUUAUAACUAAAUAGAAAUCUAAAUAAAGAGAGAGAGCUUUUAUAUUAUCUACAAUAGCGUGGAAAGUAGACAUAUAUUAAGCCCACUGUACUUCCAUGAAAUAUUUCUAUUAAGAUUGUUAUUACACGUUGUAUACAUAGUUCUCCCCUCAAAAUCAUGAAGUAAAACGUAGGUAAUGUUAAGGCUCGUCAAGUGUUCCAAUCUGGGUUCACGUUUUCUAGUGAAUCUAAAAAGCGUUAUACAUAUUAAAGGCUUUAUACGUUGCAGUUUGUGAGAUAUUAGAGCGUCUUGUGUGUGUAUAUAAUUCUUCUUUCUGAGUAAGAUUAUUGUAAAUGUUACUGGUUUUCCAAUUUCUUUAACAAGACAAACAAAAGUGUGAAAAAGAUUUUGAAGUUUGUGACAAUGAGUGUAUAAAGUAUAGAAAUAGACAUUAUACGUAGGUUAUUUUUUUAUAUAAUCCUCCUGUACAGUGGAAAUCAAUUCCAACUUGCCAGUCGGUCUUCAAUGUUGUACUUUUUAUAUUUAAAAACAUGUAUGUUUAAUAUUUAUGAAUGUAUAUAUGUUUCAUAUAAAUAUAUAUAUACAUAUAUGCUUAUACAUAUGUUUAUAUAUAUAUAUAUAUACACACAUAUGUUUUCAAAUCAUGUAGGAACAGAUCAUACGCACGAAUUCUACCGGACAAAAUCUCCAUAGAUUUCUUUCUCAUGAAACAUUUAAAUUAUUUUAACAAUUGAGAAGAACUGGCAAG